AUGGUAGGAAUUCUCCCACCACGGAUGGGUGAAAGCUGCACUAAGUCAGGAGUCCACUCCAUGAUUCGAAAGCUAAGUUACAAUGUGAAGACUCGGAUUUUUCAAGACAAUGGCCAAGACAUCCCUUUUGUGUUGUUAAAUAGUCCAGUUAUUCAUCGCCGAAUAUCUUGGAAUCUUACUAAUAUUUUACGAAAACGGAGUAAUGGCUACGUUAGAUGUCUAGGGGAUUCAGAUGAACCAAGACCAUCGGAGAACAUUGAACUCUCCAUCCGCACUUAUUCUUGUUCUGAAAGAAAAAGCUGGCCAUCGGCUGCAAAUGAACAAUUUACAAAUGCCCAUAAUGAAAUUGUCAUGUCUUCAGCAGUAAAUUUACCAAAAUCAUGCCAUUCACCUGCUCUUACAACGAAGAAAAUUGUCAAUGCUAUGUUGGAACAAAGAUGGCGUUGUGUUCUAGAAUUACUCACCAGUAUCCCAACGUCAUGCAUAUGUUUACCAGCUGAAACAAGCAUUUCUCUUAUUGAUCUUUUUCUCUAUUCUUGCGCAUUUUCACAGAUUUCACCUUCUAAACGAUCAUACAAACACGGUACUGCCGUAGUAAAAAUACUGGAUCGCUUGCUUGUGCAAGGCUCAACUGUUGAAAUCAGUAAAUCUGGAAUUCAGAAGGCCGUUUUGUCAUCACUCUUUCAGAACUUGUGUUCAGGCUCGGACAUUGACUUCCACUCCUUAUUUCGACGACUUCUACAAAGCGGCUUAGAGGUGCCUGUCGAUUUAAUGACCGAAUGCGAUUUGAACUAUGGUACCUACCUUAGAAUCCUCGAUUGUUAUGCUAAUUGGAAAGCACAGAAUCCAAAAUUAAAAAAUCCACCUUAUUUAAUCGAGUCUAAUUUCAUUCUUUUACUGAACAUCAUAUAUUCUGGUGCAAGGAUGCUACCUGAACUGAAUAUUUCUCAAGAUAUCUCGAUCUCCUCUAUCACUUAUAAACUUCACCGACGAUUUGAGAUUAUAUUUAAGGAAAAUCCCCAUUCACUCUCCGCUUUAGCGAGGUACAAAGUCAGGCAAUUAUUCCCAAGAAAAUAUUUCCGUGAAAUUCUUUCGUGCGGUCUUUCAACAAACGUUCCCUUUUUCCAGCAUAUACAAUUCUCGCACAGUGCAAAGGAGUUUAAAGAACUUUUGCAGUGGCUAAAUAUUGUCCAAUCACUGCCCGAUAAUAUCAGGUACAAUUUAAUGUUUCUUGAACGAUGUUCAUUAGAACGCGAACUUGAAUUACUCCUCAGUGUUGACUUAAGUGAUUAA